UCGGUGGAUGUGACAGUGAUAAGACACACAGAUGAGUUUUGACAGUGUUCCCCCCAAGGUGGAGGUGAUGGGAUGGAAUGCCCGAAGUCUGGCUGACUACAUGAAGAGGCUCAAGCUAUCAGGCUGUGACAAAGUGGUGAUCAAGCGCAGCAUCACCGGAGCACAAUUCAUGGACAAAGAAGGUGAUGAUGAUGGUGGGGAAUACAAGGAUGAGGAGAACAGCUAUGUCUGUGCCCUGUCUGAGUCACCCCAACCUGGGCAAACAGAGAGCGAGGAGGCCAAUGCUAUGAGUGACUAUGAGCCACUUGCCUCUCCAGACACAAAGGAACAGCCUCUACACCCCGGCUUGCCAAAACCUUUGGGAGAUGGACCCCACGACCUCCCCUGCACCACAAACGGAGUCCACAAACAGAGGCUGACAAAGCAAGCCACAUCAAUUAAAGGCACCUACAGGGCCGGACAACUGCAACAGGGUAUGGAUCCAAGGUGGUACGCAGGACAAGUAACCAGACAUCAGGGUGAAGUUGUCCUCAAACAGGUGAACAAGGAUGGGGCAUUUGUGGUAAGGGAUAGCUCAAAAGGCUUGUCUGAGCAGCCCUACACCCUGAUGGUGCUGAGCCAAGGCAAGGUCUAUAACAUUCAGAUCCGUAACCAAGGCAACUCUUAUUCCUUGGGCAGUGGUCACUGGAAAACAGAGAGUUUCCCUGGGGUAAAGGAGAUCAUUAGCCAUCACACUCGCAUCCCACUGCUGCUCAUUGAUGCCACAGACUACAGUGCUGGAGCCAAGAGCCAGUGCUGUCUACUGCACCCUGCGGGAUUCUGA